AUGGUUAAAUUGACUUUGUUUUCAUCCACCGGUUCUCAAAUGCAUGAUGGGAUCGGGAAUAUCAUUCGGCAAUCGGUGGUAGGCUUGUUUGAAGACCCCAAGAAAUUUGAAUGCCGUUUUCUCUAUGAAGACGGUUCAAAGGAGAAUUUCGUGAAAGUCUCUGACGAUGGAUCAUUCAGCAGGAAGUCAGUUUCCCUCAAUCAGGAUCUAUCAAGGGACAUGGCCAUCUGGUUCGGACAGACGCCAGAUAGUGCUGCGACUGGCACCAGUUUUAAUCCAAAAGAAGAUCCAGAGCUUAGUCCAAAACGUCUGAGCCAUGUUGCAAAACAUAUCGGGAAUAGCUAUGCCGUAGUGUGUGCGUGCCUUGGAGUAGAGACUGCUGUCGUCGAACAGGAAAGAUAUCAGCAAAAACAUCUUGACUUCCGAUCACAACUGACGAAAAUUCUCCUGCGUUGGCGGGCAUUGCAGAAAGGUCGUGCUUCUCUUGGGAAACUUAUUGAAGCGAUGAAAAUGAACAACCUUUCUCACGAGGAGAUGUUAUUAGAUCCUGUCUGGGCUGGUGAAACGGCAAUGACAAAACUCAAAGAUGCAG